AUGGACAAUCAUAGUAGUUCGGAGGAAGCAUUAUCAAUAGAGACGAUCAGCGAGCAAGAGACAUCAGCCUCUUCAAUUAGGUCACAUAACAGUGACCUAGAGGAUAUGAUGGAAACAUUAAAUGGGUCUGGCGAUGAAGCGGAUCUUCAGGACUGUCACGCCAUCUACAUGAUGUGGAUGGCAGCUCGAUUUCCAAGGGGUCGGUCAGCAAUUCCUCAACACAAUAUUGGUCUACAGGGAGAACAAUAUAUUCAAGGAAUAUUGAAUGGAAACCCCCGAAAUUGCCGCAAAAUGUUUCGAAUGGAUGUUCCUGCUUUUCGCCAUGUAUGCAACCUACUACAACACGCGUUAACUAUGAACCCUACAGAGCGUACCUCAGUGGAGGAAUCGGUAGGCAUCUUUUGCCUUGUUGUUGGCCAUGCACAAGGUCAACGAAUCGUUGGGGACCGGUUCCAACAUUCAACUGAAACUAUUAAUCGACAUGUAAAGACAGUUAUGCGGGCGCUACAUAAACUAGGGAGAAGUGUGAUUAGACCAACACACACGGAGGGCGUCCAUUCGUACAUUGCUGGAAACCCCCAUUGUUAUCCAUGGUUUGAGUUCACGUAUGUGUAUACUGGAUGGGAGGGAACAGCCCAUGAUGCACGAGUUUUCUUGGAUGCUUUGAACCGCGGUCGGAAUCGGUUUCCAUGGCCCCCGCAAGGUACAGUUAAACCCACAACAAUAUGGUGCAGUUGCAGAUAUUAUUAUCUUGUGGACUCUGCGUUUCCAUGCAUUGAGAAGUUUAUGCCUCCUUAUCCACGAGAAAGGUAUCAUCAGUCUGACCGUGUUAGUGGACGGAAUUUUCGAGGGUAUAGAGAUUAUUUCAAUUUUCGUCAUUCAUCGCUGUGGAAUAUUAUUGAACAUACAUUUGCAUUAUUGAAGAAUCGAUUUCAAAUAUUAUCGACGAUGCCUCAUUAUCGCCCAACCAGACAAGGGAUGCUCGUCACUGCAUGUUGUACCCUACACAAUCUUAUUAAAACGGUGAUGCCAUACAAUGAGUUUAUUCAGCAUGCAUUAACAAUGCAACUUAAUGGAGAUGGUUCUAUUGGAGAAGAAGAAGCGGGCGAGACGUCUGAAGUGGUCGACAUGUCCCAUGAGUCAGCUGGAGCUAUGGCUACACAGAGGGAUGAGAUUGCCAUUCCGAUGUGGGCAUAUAGGAAUGGCCAAUGA